GCGACAGGGCACGAGGUGCAGUCUCGCAAGGCCAUUCGCUACCGCCCUUACCAAAAACCCUUGCCAUUGCCACCUUAUCCCUCCUCCUCCACUCCACCAUGGCUGCCGCCGCCUUCAGUUUCACCAUCGGCGUAUCGUCCCUCUACUGCUCCUCUUCCCUUAACCGCUCUUCACCCUCGGGCGCCGGCGGCCUCCUUAAGCUCCCUGCUUCCGCCGCCAGGGGCUUCGCUUUCCCCUGGUUCUCUACCACUCCAAGAGCUCCUCGCGCUCUCCCCCUCUUCGUCCCCUCCUCUGUCGCCUCUCCCAACUCCGUUCUCAGCGAGGAGGCCUUCAGGGGCUUCCGUGGCCUCCCCGAGUCUCCGCUCGAGGAGAGCGACGAGGAGGAGGAAUACGCCUCUGACUCUUACAACUCUGAGGAGGGAGAAGAGGGCGAAGAGGGCUCCACUGCCGGCGUGGACCAGGAUGAGCUCGCCAUUGCCAGAUUAGGCCUGUCACAGCAGCUAGUUAGUACCCUCGAGAAGCGAGGGAUUACCCAUCUUUUCCCCAUUCAGAGGGCCGUUUUGGUUCCUGUUCUUGAAGGUCGAGACCUUAUUGCACGUGCUAAGACUGGUACCGGAAAGACAUUGGCGUUUGGAAUUCCCAUAAUCAAACGGCUGAGUGAGGAUGAUGAGGCAGAAGGGAGGAAGAGGCUGUCAGGUCGUCUUCCCCGGGUUCUGGUUCUUGCCCCUACCAGAGAAUUGGCCAAACAGGUGGAGAAGGAAAUCAAUGAAUCUGCAUCUAAUCUGAGUACUGUCUGUGUUUAUGGAGGAGUUUCUUACAAUAUUCAGAAAAUUUCACUUUCUCGUGGUGUUGACGUAGUUGUGGGAACUCCUGGCCGAAUAAUUGACCUUAUCAAUGAUGAUAGCCUUCGGCUUGGAGAGAUUCAGUAUUUGGUUCUGGAUGAAGCUGAUCAAAUGCUAGCUGUUGGAUUUGAAGAAGAUGUGGAAGUAAUAUUGCAGAAACUUCCACCUCAACGUCAAAAUAUGUUGUUUUCUGCAACAAUGCCUGAUUGGGUUAAGAAAUUGUCCAGGAGAUACCUAAACAACCCUCUGACAAUUGACUUGGUUGGUGAUCGAGAUGAGAAGCUGGCAGAAGGAAUUAAAAUUUAUGCCAUAUCAGCAACUGCAACUUCAAAGCGCACUGUUCUGAGUGACUUAAUUACGGUAUAUGCUAAGGGUGGGAAAACCAUUGUUUUUACUCAGACAAAGCGGGACGCUGAUGAAGUAUCCAUGGCCUUGAGUAAUAGUAUUGCAUCUGAGGCACUGCAUGGGGAUAUAUCACAACAUCAGCGAGAAAGAACCUUGAAUGGGUUUCGUCAAGGGAAAUUCACUGUGUUAGUUGCAACUGAUGUUGCUGCUCGGGGCCUAGAUAUACCAAAUGUUGAUCUGAUUAUUCAUUAUGAACUACCAAAUGAUCCAGAGACAUUUGUACAUCGAUCUGGUCGUACUGGACGUGCUGGAAAAGAAGGCACUGCAAUCUUGAUGUUUACUAGUAGCCAGCGGAGAACAGUUAAAUCUCUUGAACAUGAUGUGGGAUGCAGGUUUGAGUUUAUAAGCCCACCUUCAAUGCAAGAGGUAUUGGAAUCAUCAGCUGAGCAAGUAGUUGCCACUCUUCAAGGUGUUCACCAAGAUUCAAUCCAGUAUUUCCUUCCAACUGCUCAAAAAUUGACCAAUGAACAAGGAACACAAGCUCUUGCUUCUGCUUUGGCACAUUUAAGUGGAUUUUCUCAACCACUUUCAUCUCGUUCUCUUAUCAGCCAUGAACAGGGAUGGGUGACAUUACAAUUAACACGUGAUCCUGAAUAUUCAAGAGGGUACUUGUCUGCAAGAUCUGUUACUGGAUUUCUUUCCGACGUAUAUCCUAAUGCCGCUGAUGAAGUGGGCAAAAUAUACAUGAUUGCAGAUCAAAGGGUUCAAGGUGCUGUAUUUGAUAUACCUGAAGAGAUUGCUAAAGAAUUGUUAACUAAGCAAUUGCCUCCCGGAAAUUCUAUAGUCAAGAUCACCAAGCUCCCUAUCCUGCAAGAUGAUGGUCCUGCCACUGACUUUUAUGGAAAGUUUUCAAACCGGGAGUGGAGUUCUAGAGGUGGUGGUUCUUCGGAGCGAAGUCAGAGGGUUUCAAGAAAUUGGGGUGGACGAAAAUAUGAUAGUGAUGUUAGCCAUGGACAAGGUGGUGGUUCUGAACGGAGUCAGAGGGUUUCAAGAACUUGGGGUGGACAAAAAUAUGACAGUGAUAAUAGCUAUGGACGAGGUGGCCGGACCUCCAGAACUGACAGUAGCUGGUCUCGGACCUCUAGAUCACAAAGAGAUAGUGAAGAGGAUUGGCUAAUUGGUGGAAGAAGAUCUAGUCGUACACCCUCAUUUGGCAACCAAGAAAGAGGAUUUGCAGGGGCUUGCUUUAACUGUGGCCAGUCUGGUCAUCGUGCAUCAGACUGCCCAAACAAGUAGCAACGGCUGCAGAUAGUAUGGCUGAAUUCCAUCCUCGAGCUCCCAUGCCUUCAAGAUCCAAUGGUGACCAUGUGGAAAAGUAACUAGCAUCAUCAUGUGCCGUUUCUUCAUCCCAUUGCAGCUAACAACACCAUGCAGAGGUGGGCGUGUGGGAAACUCAAAUUGUGGUGUUAGUGAGAUUUGGCCGAUACUGAAGUGAAUGAAGUUCUUGAUCCAAGGGAGACUUUGGCUGAUCUUAGAUUGCUUCCAUACUGUUUAUUUCUUCCUCGAUCAUAUAAUUUGAGGACCUUCGAAGAAUUGGUUAUGCCUUUUUAGCUGAAUUUGUGAUCAAUCUAAACAACUGUGAUAGUGCUUAGGAGCGUGCUCUGGUUAUUCUUAUUGAAUGUAUAAUUUUGGAGACUAUCUGCUUAUAGCAGAGCAGCUCUUUAUUUUGUCAUUUUUAUUGGAUUUUGGACUUUAUUCUUGCUCGUGGCUUAAUGUGUUUUUAAUCCA